UAGUGUGCCUGAUCUGAAGUCUUCCUCAAUUGUUAGAAUGCGUACAGCAAUGUCUCCAAUGCGAGGAUUUACGUAUUGCUAUAUAUUCUUUCACGAUCGUAUGAGCUAAGAAAGAGGGUGUUUAAUAGCCCAAAUAACGUAACAAUAAUUCUAAUCAAAUAAUGUCAUAAGAUAUAUAGACAAUGAUAAUUUAUUCCUGAUAAUGAUAGGAAGUUAUGAGCGUAAUAAUAAAUGAUUAUAAUGUAACAAAACGUAAUAAUAAGAAAUCAAAAUAUAAGUAUAAGAAAUACAUGAAGUAAAAGAAACAUUGAAAAUAUUGUGAAACAUUCAGGAACACUCGGAUAUGAGAUGAUGAGAGUCGCUUGAAGAAUAUCAAAGUGGAACGACGCAUAAGGAAAGGGAGAGACGGAACUCGUUAUUGUAAUCAUCAUUAUCAUCGUUGCCGUCGCUGUAUGAUUGUUCUAGCUAGAAAAGCCGGGACAGCGGGUACAAAAGACGCGACGACAGCAACUGACAAGAGAGAGGGUUAUUACCUCUACCCGUGAUUUUCUCUUUGUACCUUCACCCUUUCUGUUUCCUUCGUGAAAGGAUUAAGCGUCGUAGAGCUAUUUGUGCAACGUGGACCAACCGACGGAGCAUCCGAAAUUCAAUUAGCAAUCUAACAUUACCUUGUCAAUAUUAUUCACUAUCUCCUUUAUUUUAGGUGAUCGAAUAAGAAACGGUGAAAAAAAACGAAAUACGUGGUAAUACUCAAAAUAAUUAUCUACCAUUAGAAUCGGAAGAAGAGCCGAAAAGCCGAAAAAAAAUUAGAGAUUAUCUGUAACCACUGAACAAUCAGCGAUUAUUCUGUACAAUCACAAAUACGUUUUUCAUAAGAAAUUAAUAAAUUAUUAUUACACUACUAUUAAACACAAAAAGAACAAUUUUAUUUAUAAAAAUAAAAAAGAGUAAUAUCUAAUGAUAUUUAAUCUACGGUCAGAAAUAGCGCUGAGCAAGAGACGAUAACAUCCUGGAAAGAAUCUUUAGACUCGAAAGUGAAUUGAUUAUUAGAAGAGACCAACCAUCGUACUAGGUUACAUCAAGAAAGAUUUCUCGAAGGAAAAGAUAUUGACAAAGAAAUUCUUGUUCGAUGCUGCAUCCAAAUUUUGAGGAAUGACAAUGUCAGCGACUGUGUCACCGAUGAAACCUGCGCGUGGACGAGGCCCGGCCGAUGGCCGAGCCUUCUUCGAGACGCUGUGGCGAGGCGGCAACUUCCUACUAGACCGGCAAAAAGUGCUGAAGCGCUCGCGCAAACGCAAAUUGCACUAUGCGGCAGCCAAUAACGGCAAGAGGAAGCAACAGCAACUGCUGCAGAUGCAGCGUCAACACUGCUGUUGCUGUCAACGCAUUCAGCUGCACCUGCUCGCCGAACGGCGAAGCAACAUGCGCUCCGUCGUCAGUGUACGAGAGACACAUCAGGUCGCCGAGGCGCAGCAGGAGAAGAAUGCGAAGCUUCGCGAAGCAUUCGGUAUCUCCGAAUUCUUCGUAGAAGGCAGUAGCCUAGAUCCAGCGCGGUACGCACGCGAGGCGGAGGCGCGAGCCGCCGCCGCCGCCGCUACCGCGAGCAAAGUCUACGAGUUGGUGCGUACACCGAGUCUGACGCCGCCGCCGCCAGUAGAAACGAUCACCACGACCGCUGAGAAGAAGAAGCGAAAGCGUUCCGGCAGCGCGAGCAAAAAGAAGAAGACCAAGAAGCACAAACGGGAAAGAUCCGAAUCUCCUAAGUCUGGUAAGAAGAAAGAAAAGUCCAAGAAAAAAAAGAAGGAGAGGAAGCACAAAAAGACCGAGGCCACGUCGUCCGACAGCGACUCCAGCGAAGAUUCCGAUGAUAGCAACUUAUCUGAGGCCGAAUCGAAGAAAAAGAAGAAAAAAAGAAAGAAAAAGCUCAAAGUCGAAGGAAAGGAUAAGCAUGAGAAGAAGAAGACAUCGACUAAACGGAAACGUCAAUCAUCUGAAAGCUCCUCUGAUAGUUUCGUGAAAAAACCGAAAAAGUCGUUAAAAAAUGAGAAAAAUACCGUGGACAAGGCGUUAAGGAAUGAAGUUUCCGAGAGUGCUGCGGUUCUUUCGCGAGAACCACUUCCUCCUCGAUCGAUCCGAUCACCAAAGCGAGAAGCAUUAGCAUUAUCUCGAACAACAAUAUCUCGAAACGAGACUCCACCACUACCAUCGUCCACCAAGAAUAAAACAAAGAAAGAUUCGCCGAAAAAGUGUGUGACAGAUAAGCGGGACAAAUCGCUGAAGAACCACUACAGGAGUCCUGCUCCAUCAUUACAUAGGCAACAUAGAUCAUCUUCUAGAAGCAGAGGUGAUAGAGACAGAAUUGAAAGAGACAGGGACAGAGACAAGGAUAAAGACAAGGAUAGAGACAAGGAUAGAGACAGAGAUAGAGACAGAGAUAGAGACAGGGAUAGAGAUAGAGGAGGAAGAGAAGGAAGGUCUUCCAGGAGGUACUCGAGAUCACGUCGUAUGAGUCUGUCUCCCAAACGGAGACGAGGAUAUUCUAGAUCACCUAGGAGACGUAGUAGGCAUUCUAUGUCCAGGAGUAGGAGUCGCUCCAAAUAUGAUCGCUAUGGAUCGUCCCGCAGAAGACUCAUGUCUCCACCAGCGAGACGUAGAGAGACCGAUUCUCGCCGAAGAUCGCGCUCAACAGGGCGACAGCAACGUCGACAAUCUCGAUCGCGCUCUACCUUGAGUUAUUCGCCAGUUAGAAAGAAUCCAGAGCGUUACAAGGACAUCUUGGAGGAUCGAAAAUCACGACAAGAUCAGAAAAAAAAAAUUAAAAGCGAUAAACCAAAAUCGCGCUCGACAUCGAGAAGCAAGAAAACACAACAAAUAACGGUUGCACCUAGAGUGAGUCUGAGAUCGUCGAGCGAGAACGAAGUCGAUCUAGCCGAUGAUGAGCCCAACAAGCAACAAGAGGAAGAUGAGGAAAGAAGAAUUAUAGAAUUGAACACAUUGAAACGAUUGCAGAGUGGCUUGGCAGCAAAGGCACGGGAGACGCUGGAGAAGAAGGUGAUCAGUCCCACGAAAUUCAAGAUUGAGAAGCGAGAAAAUGUAUUAGAUAUCGCUCUACCAAGCGAACCGCCAAAAACCAUAGCGCAAAAUUUAACCGUACAUAUUCGAGACACGUCAAAGGAUCCAAUUAUGCAGACUCUUCCAAUCAUCCAAUCACCAGUGUCCAGCAGAUCACCCUCACCGGCUUUACCUCUCACCCGAGAAGAGGCGGCGAUUAAGAUCAGAUCGCCGAGUGAGUCACCGCCGCCAUUGCCUCAGCAAUCUUUUAAUAAAGUUGAUUUUACAUCUUCCAACGUGAAGGCUAAGACAAAUAGUCAGUUUUUGAGAUCGCCAAAUUUCUCUGGCAAGAAAGACUCGUCAUUUUCAAAGGAUGCCUCGAAAAGAGAGUCAUCUUCUCGAUCUCCUAUCAAGAUAGUGAUAUCCAGGGAAGAUCACACGAUAAUAAAAUUACGUUCGCCGAGUGAAUCACCACCGCCUUUGCUGUCGUUAACUAGAGUAGUGAAUUGUCACUCGCCAAAGAAAAGUAAAUCGUACUCCAGAUCACCAUCGAGAUCAUGCACGAGAUCACCGUCUGUCGUGGACAAAGUGAGAUCUUCCAGAUCGCCGUCCGGAGACAAAAAGUCGCGAUCCCGUUCGCGAGGCAAGAAAUCAUCAGCAUCACCUGAACAACGAUCUACUUCUAGAUCAGCCUCCAGGACAGAGAAAUCAUCUCCUAAGGCGAGAACGAAACACUCGCCCCGAUCAAGAUCUCGAUCCUCGGAGGAGUCAAAGCGCUCAAGCACGUCGAGAUCACCCUCGAGGUGUAAGAAGUCCGCUUCACGAUCCAGAAGUAGAAAUCGAUCGUCAUCAAAGAGGAGAUCACAUAGUCGUUCUUCCCUGUCAAAGAAAUCUAGGAGCAGAUCGCUGUCGAAGAAGAGAUCACAUAGCCGUUCGCUAUCAAAAAAAUCCAAGAGUCGCUCACGAUCGGCGUCAAGAAUCUCCAGGGACAAGGAUAAACGUAGUCAUACCAGGAGCAGCUCACGUUCCUCUGUUAGCUCCAGGCAUAGUCGAGCUAGAAGUUUUUCCAGCUCAUCAAGAUCAUCAAGUAGUGUUUUCAGUCGAUCCUCUCGCUCCACCUCCAGUAGCUCUGCCUCCAGUAGAUCACGUUCACCGUCGAUACCUCGACGUUAUGGUUCACCUAGUUUUCUAGAUAGACGACGUAUCACGAGCGCGAGAAAACGUCCGAUCCCGUAUUAUCGACCAACCCCGUCACCACCCUCAUCGCCGAGUAGUUCCGAGAGCAGUAAACAUACUAAGUGGUCCAGUGCGAGUCAUCGAUCCAGCUCUGCGAGUCCGUGUUACACGCGUUGAGAAUUGAGAAGAACGCAUAUGUGAAUUCGCAAUCGACGUACACUAGACUCGCAGCGGCAUAGUUCGAUCCUUUAUGAUUUAAAGAAAACCACCGUGUCCAGUUAAUUGAUUCCCGAGAUAUUAUCAAUUUAGACAUUUAAAUACAUAUUUAAAGAUAUAUUAAUUUAAAAAAUUAUAAUUGUAAAUAUUAAUUUAAAAAUGAAAAUUUAGAUCAUAAAGGGUCGAGGAAUGUUUUAGAGAAGAAAUUUAGUAAUG